UGGUUCGCCGAUAGCAUGGUUUUCACGCCCCUCACCGCAAUGUGGGGGAGCUAAGACUAGUUAACAUAAAACUACAAAAGCAAAAGAAUGUAUUUAUAAAUUCAUAAACAAGCUACAAAAGACAAGCCUAUGAAUCUCAUGUUAAUAUUGGCCAGUAUCCUUCAAAAUGAUCAACAAUAUUCCUUGUCUUGGUGCAUAAAUAUCAGGCCUUCAAUUCAAUUUUCUAACUUAUUUAUAACUUGUGUAAUUACAAAUUUGUUCAUGUAAAAUGGAUACAGAUUCACCAACAAUAUACAGAUUUGAGAUCGAACAACCUCCUUCGCCGAAGAAAAACAGGCGUGCUUUAAGUCAAACUCUUACCAGAGUGUUCUCCGAGGACUACAAGAAGAUCGAAGGGAGUAUAUUCGAUCCUCGAGGAGAGCGUGUGAAGCAAUGGAACAGGUACUUCUUGGUGGCUGCACUUAUUUCCAUCGCCAUUGAUCCUCUUUUCUAUUACUUGCCUGAAGUAAAUGUGGAAGAGAUGUGCAUGGAUGAAGAUACUUCCUUGAAGAUAACUCUUACUGUCAUUCGGUCGAUUGUUGACAUGUUCUACGCGUAUCAUAUCUACGUGCGGUUCAGGACUGCGUACGAUGCACCUUCGAUGCGUUUGCUUGGAAGAGGCGAGCUAGUUUUAGACCCGUUUAAGAUCUCUCAGAGGUAUCUCAAGAGAGACUUUACUCUUGAUUUGCUUGCAGCUCUUCCUAUUCCACAGGUAAUGACAUGGCUCCCAUUUUUCGACAAUUCGGAAAUGAUGAGCACGAAAAUCAGCGUACUAUACUUCAUCAUAAUCCAGUUCUUCCUGAGGCUUUAUCUUGUAUUUAAACUUACAUCUCAUAUAACACAAGAAGCCGGUGUGGUGGCUGAAUCGACAUUAUCAGGGUCUGUUUAUAACAUACUCCUCUUUCUAUUGGCAGCUCAUGUUUUUGGAUCCUGCUAUUACCUUCUAGCUAUUGUGAGGCAAGGAAUGUGUUGGAAAGAGGUAUGCAAUCUUGAAGAACCAGCCUGCGGUGAGCGGUAUUUCAACUGUCGUUUCCUUGAUGAAGCUGGCCGAGCCUCGUGGUAUCAAUCAAGCAAUAUCACUAAUAUGUGUGGACCCGAAACAGAUUUUUUCGAAUACGGGCUGGUUUCUGAUGCUGUAGACUUUACAGUUGCAUCUUUGGAGUUUUUCACUAAAUACUCUUAUUGUCUUUGGUGGGGACUCAGAGCUUUAAGCUCGAGAGCUGAGGAAGUUCAAGCAAGUACAUUUUUUGCCGAAACACAUUUCUGCAUAGUCAUUUCGCUUACGGGACUGUUGCUUCUUGCUAUGAUUAUUGGCACCAUGGAGACAUACAUUGAAUCAAGAACCGAGAGACUAGAAGAGUAUAGGAUCCAACAGAUGGAUACCGAAGAAUAUAUGAGCCAUAGGCAACUGCCGCAUGAAAUGAAGGAGCGCGUACGCAAACACAAUCUUUACAGAUGGAUUAAACAUAGGAAUGUUGAAGAAGAAGCUAUUAUGGAGUCCCUUCCUUUGGAUGUUAGAAGAGAUAUUAAGCAUCACAUAUGCAUCGAACUAGUUAGACGAGUUCCACUGUUCGAACAAAUGGAUGAGCGCACGGUGGAUGCAAUAUGCGACCGAUUAAGACCUGUUAUCUGCAUAUCCGGAACUUGUUUAUUACGCGAAGGAGACCCGACCAACGAUAUGUUUUUCAUCAUGCAUGGUCAGCUAGACUCCUACACUACAGGUGGAGGCCGAACGGGUUUUUGGAACCAAUGCCAGAUUGGGCCGGGGGACUUCUGUGGCGAGGAGCUGCUGACAUGGGCGCUGGACCCACGUUCAACCGACAUCCUACCAUUGUCUACGCGGACAGUCACAUCAGUUGCUGAUGUGGAAGCAUUCGCUCUUUCUGCUGAGGACUUGACGUUCGUCGCCACACAGUUUCGCAAGCUGCACAACAAGAAGCUGAGGCAUACGUUUCGGGUUCACUCACACCAGUGGAGGACUUGGGCUGCUUGUUAUAUACAAGCUGCUUGGAAACGGUAUAAAAGGCGCAAGUUGGUUAGUAUGCUUAAGGCUAAAGAGAAUUAUAACAAAGUGAAUCUUAGUGAGCAAAGCCGGAACAAAGCAAGGAUUAGGGAGACUGGACUAUCUUUGCAUACAAAGACUGAUAGAAGAGGUGAGAUAUUUGAAUCCGAUGAGAUUAUUCGUACCCCGGUCCCAAAGCCAAAGGAUCCUGACUAUUUUGAUUGAGAGUUUGUGAAUCGGGUCGUGUUCUUCGUUGAAAUAAUGUGUGUACAUCACCUUUGUUUUUGUUAAAAUGGUCAUAUAAGAUGUAACAAAAUCAGUUUGGGCCAAAAACCCUAUUACCAUUCAGUUGAAUAGUUGAAAUCGGUAUGUAACCCAGUUUCAACCCAAACCAGUUUGGGCCAAAAACCCUGUUACCAUUCA